CGAAGCUGCGCGAACUUACAACACCUCCUUCACAUUUUCAUUCUUUUGCGCGCCACACUUUCUAUCCAACCAUGAGCGACGACGAUUUUAUGCUUGAAGAUGACGAAGGGGAUUAUGACUUCGAGUACGAAGACGACGACGACGACGAACCCGAUGCCGACUUAGAAAAUCGAUAUUAUAAUGCGAAAGCCCGCAAGGAGGACGAUCCCGAGGGCGCAAUCACCGAGUUUCAAGGUGUCGUUGAUGCUGAGGAAGAAAAAGGGGAUUGGGGCUUUAAAUCACUCAAACAGAUGGCCAAGAUAUCAUUUCAUCUGAAUAAGCCAGACGACACUUUAAAAUACUACAAGCAACUUCUUACGUAUACCAAAUCGGCUGUCACCCGCAAUUAUAGCGAAAAAAGUAUCAGCAAUAUCUUGGAUUACGUGUCAACUUCAGACAAUAUGGCCUUUGUAGAGCAGUUUUAUCAGAUCUCGUUGGAUGCGCUGCAGGAGAUGAACAAUGAGCGUCUGUGGGUCAAGACCAAUUUAAAACUGGCCAAACUUUAUCUGGAUCGCAAGGAAUAUGGCCGAUUACAAAAGAUCUUACGCGAGUUGCGCAAGGCAUGUGAGAGUGGUGACGGCACAGACUACCAAAGAAAAGGCACACAUCUUCUUGAAGUGCUUGCACUCGAAAUCCAAAUGCACACAGAAACAAAAAACAGCAAGAAACUAAAGGAACUCUAUCAACAAUGUCUGAAUGUCAAGUCGGCUAUUCCACAUCCUCGGAUCAUGGGUGUUAUCCGUGAAUGUGGUGGUAAAAUGCAUAUGGGUGAAAAGGAGUGGGAUAUGGCACAAACAGAUUUCUUCGAAUCCUUCAAAAACUAUGAUGAAGCUGGAAGUCCACAACGUAUUCAAGUACUUAAAUAUUUGGUACUUGCGAAUAUGUUGACCGAAUCACAGAUCAACCCGUUCGACUCACAAGAAACCAAGCCAUACAAGAACGAUCGAGAAAUUGUUGCCAUGACUAACCUAGUGAGCGCUUUCCAAAGAAAAGAUAUCCGGGAAUUCGAGCGUAUCUUGAAAAGUAAUCGUCAAGCCAUCAUGGGUGACUCUUUUAUCCGCGCUUACAUUGACGAUGUUCUGGCAAACAUUCGGAAGCAAGUUCUCGUUAAGCUUAUCAAGCCCUAUACUCGGAUAGAGCUUGCGUUUAUGGCAAAGCAACUCAACAUCGCGGUCGAAGAAGUUGAGGAACUACUGAUAGCUUUGAUAUUGGAUGAAAAGAUAUCUGGUCGAAUCGAUCAAGUCAACCAACGACUUGAACUUGAGCAAAGAUCUACGGACACUGUGAAAUAUGAAACAAUGGAGAAAUGGUCCAAUAACCUUUCCAAAUUGUGCAAAACCGUUUCCAGUCGUGCUCAAUAAUAAAACUUUUCCCUCCAACCUCCAAAACAUUCCA